GGAAACAAUUACAUAAUGUUAGCAUUGUAAAAAGAAAAAGGAAAAAAAUUGUUGUUUUCCUAUUUAGUCCCGGAAAUUAUUGAUCAUCGUAUCAUAACAGUUUUAUAGAAGAGAGACCGAUUUGAAAAAUGCGCCGCUGAAUAACAAUCCGAACAAUCGUAAAUGAUGUAUGGAUGUGUAAAUUAGAAAUCUGUGAACUAAUCUAAGAAUGAUUGCCAUAAAAAAUUCGUAAAGCGAUGUAAGAUAAUGUAAUAGAAAGUCAAAUGACGUUUCUCAUAUAUUAACGGUCACGUUAUUAUUAUUAUUUGAAUUGCAUUAGGCAAAUAUAAAAGAUAUUAUAAAUUUUUAUUACAUCGUUGACUAUGCAUUACGUAUAUAUCGUGUUAAAUGCACAGACAGACAGUCAUAAGUGAUAUUCGUUUAAAAAAAUGGUUAUUUUUCUAUUAGAAAAAAAACAAAAAAAAUGCAUUUUAAUAAAAAUCGAUAUGAUAUCGUGAUCGAAAGUGAUAAAGCAAAAACUAAAUUUUUGCCAUAAAGCAAAGCAUUCCCAACAUAGCGCAUUGAAGGUGAAAAAAUGACUGACCGACUAACUAACUGACUGACUGAUGUAUGCUUGUAUUGGUUGGGAGAUGAAAGCGAUUUCGUUGUCUUUUCAAAAAUCUCAUGGAAUCGAAAGUCUGGCCUCGCUUAGCUUAGUCUGGCUGCAUUGCUGCAUUCGUUGACGUUAAUAUUGCUCCGAUAAUCAGCCGGCACUCAUUCGCUCAACAUUAUCAAAUGAAAUGGCAGUGCAUUCCCGCCGUCGAUUGCGGUACGUAACAAUAACAAUAAACAGUAAACCCAACCGCAGCGACAGCAAACAAGAUUUAUAUGUCUCGCACUUUUCACUGUUGUUUUCUGUUCUAUACAGAACGUUUCGAUUUUCAGUCUUCACUUGGCAGACUAACUGUUCGGUAGGUUUGAAAUUUUUAAUUCCAUGCGAAUCAAUUGCAAUUGUCAUUACAAGUCAACUAAAACGAACGAAUCUCGAGGCUCGUCUAAAUAACGCGUUUGAAUUUCGCGCAAAUUCUCUUCAACGAUUUUGUGUGAUUUGCUUGUAUUUUGUCAGAAAUAAUUUAAUAAUUUUUGUCCAAUCAUUUGGAUUUGGAAUUGCAUUAAGAGUUCGCUUACAAGAAAUCAUGAAUUCAUCGCAUCGCUGGGGCUAUACUCAGGAAAAUGGUCCUGAUAAAUGGUUUAUGGAAUUUCCUCAGGCAACCGGCAUGAGGCAAUCUCCGGUUGAUAUUAAUACCGGAAUUUGUAAAAGAGGACGGGAAUUACCUCCAUUGAAAUGGCGCUAUGUACCCGAGCACACGAAAAGUCUGGUUAAUCCCGGCUAUUGCUGGCGCGUAGAUGUUGAUGGCACACAGUCGCAAUUAACCGGCGGUCCUUUAUUCGAUAACGUAUAUAAAUUGGAGCAAUUUCAUUGUCAUUGGGGUUGUGAAAAUGGGAAGGGAUCUGAACAUACCGUGGAUGGCGUUUCGUAUGCGGGCGAGUUGCAUUUGGUUCAUUGGAAUACAAGCAAAUAUAAUAGUUUCAGUGAGGCAGCUUCCGCCCCUGACGGUUUAGCUGUCCUGGGAGUAUUCCUAACACCUGGCGAACAUAAUUCUGAAAUGAACAGGAUCACUGAUCUUUUGCGAUUCAUAAAACACAAAGGUGAUCGCGUCACUCUUCCUUACGGUUGUGAUCCUGCUAAAUUAUUACCAUCGGUGACUACCUAUUGGACAUAUGAAGGCUCGUUGACGACACCGCCAUGCUCGGAAUGUGUAAUCUGGAUUGUUUUCAAAACGCCUAUUGAAGUUUCUAACGAUCAAUUAGAAGCAAUGCGUGAUCUUAACUGUUAUGACGUUAAGGAAGAAUGUCCCUGCAACGAAUUAAAUGGGAAAGUAAUUAAUAAUUUUCGUCCGCCUUUGCCGUUAGGCAAUCGCGAAUUACGUGAAUUUGGUGAGCAUUAACUGAUAAUGUUCCCUUGCUCCUAUGGUUUUUGAGAGUAAAUUGUGAAGUUUUUUUCUUUGCUGAUAUUGGAAAUUUUAUAGAUUAUCGAUUUUAUGUAUAUGUUUAGCGUCUAAUGCAAUUUGUUACGCAUGCACCCAUUAUAUAUUAAUUAUUUAGUCAUUAAUAAAAUUAAAUGUUUUUAAAAUAUCAGCGCCGAUCUAUCAGUUUUGACGCCUUCUGAUGUACUUUUA